AUUACUUUUAAAUCAAAAAUACGCAAAAUUUUUAUUCUUCAAAGAUUUCACCAUGGGUCGCACGAGAAGACGUCGUCCAGGGAAAAUGGCGUCACGGAGCAGCAGAUCCUCUGCCAAGGAACCUACUUCGGGAUCCACGUUCAAGAAGGAGCGAGAUACUUCCCCCCUUUCUCCUACUAAAAUAUCCAGGACCGAAGAGAAGAAACAACUGGGACAUCUAAACGAUCGUCUCGCUGCAUACAUCGACCGAGUGCGUAGUCUGGAACUUGAAAAUGGAAAACUGGAAAAACAGAUGUUUUCAUUUGAAGAGACGAGUACCAGGGAAAUUACAACUAUGCGCUCUGCUUACGACAAGGAGCUUGCACACGCGCGUCGUGCCCUGGACGAUACCUCGAAGGAGAAGGCGCGCUUGGAGAUGGACGCAGAGAAGGCCAAGACGGAGUGCCGGGAGAUAAAACAGAGAUUUAAGGAGAAGGAAGAUGAGAUCUCCAGGUUGAGUAGAUCCAACAAACAUCUGGAGACACAGAACACUGAUCUCAGAAACAAGGCUGAGGCAGCUUUGGAUGAAGUCCGAUCUCUUAAACCUGAGUUCGAGAAUAUGAAAAAUAAGCUUGAGGACGCCCGUCAGAAGCUUGAGGAUGAAACCUUGAAGAGAAUAGAUCUUCAGAACCAGCUUCUCACCAUGCAGGAAGAGAACGCAUUUAGCCAAAAUAUUCUUGAGCAGCAGCUUAACGAUACCAAGGUUAGGAAGCAGAUUGAGAUAGAGGAGGUGGACAGCAGGGUUCAGAACCAGUACGAGGAGAAACUAUCUCAGUCCCUAAAGGAGCUGAGGGAAUCCUACGAGCAGCAGAUGUUGGAUAACAGGGCCGGGUUCACCGCUAUCUACGACAAGAAGAUUAAUGACCUCAACGCUAAGUUGUCAGGGGAGAGAGGAGCAGCGGCUAGUGCUAUCCAGGAGAUGAAGGAGAUGCAGACCAAGGUUGAAGGAAUGACGAGCAGAGUGAGUGAACUUGAGUCCACCAAUUCUGCUCUAAACCGUAGGAUCAAGGAGUUGACGGAUCAGAUAGAUGAUCUGGGUAGAGCAAAUCGUGCUGAUAUGGCCAGGAAGGAUCAUGAGAUUGAUUAUCUCAACGAACAGUUGAACAACUUGACUAAGGAGUACCAAGAGCUCCUGGAGAUCAAGAUAGCUCUGGAUAUGGAGAUAGCAGCCUACCAGAAGCUUCUUGACGGAGAGGAGACUAGGUUGGGUUUAUCUCCGGAUAGUAGAGAACCAGGCAGAGGAAUUAAGAGGAAAAGGUUGGAUAUUGAAGAGAGUUAUGUUGGUAUUAAGAUGAACACCUCUUUCAGCCAGCCCGGUGUAUUCCUCAUCGAACCCCUGGAGGAGUCUAGAAACUGUAUCACGAUCACUAAUACUGGGGAUGAAGAGGAGACCCUAGCUGGACAUAUUCUCAAGUGCCAGAGUGCUGGAGUAGAAUCCACAUUCAAGUUUACCAGGAACCACAAGGUUGCUCCAGGAGGAGCUAUCACGGUCUGGAGCUCAGAUAGUGGGGUAGACCAUGAUGUUGGAUCUGGGCAGCUGGUGAUGAAGUCUGGUGCCUGGAAGAUGGGAGAGGAUGAGGUGAAUACUGUGCUAGUGAACAAGGAGGGUGAGGAGAUUGCUGCUAGGGAAACUACCUGGGAGAAACAAGUUACAGGAUCCAGGCUGCAGUUCUCCGGGGAUGCGGGCAGUAGUGUUCUAGCCGCUAGGCAGGCCGAGGAAAAUAAGUGUGUUAUCAUGUAAAUCAUGUACACAAUCCUUCGUGUACAAUUGUUUUUUAGUAUCAACAUGACUCAUCAUUCUCCAAGUACCUCUAGCAACACAAUGCUUUAAAUGUUUAAAUGUUCACAAAUCACCACCAUUUUAAUGUUAUCCUGAUUUAACAUCCCGGAUAUCCGGAUUAUUUCUCGUUUGCUUGACAGUAUUCAAGAAACUUAUUGCAGCAAAAUUCUAAGUUUAAAUAGUAAAAAAUGCAUUUUAAACAACGGCAUUUUGUGAACCCAGUUAAUGUACGUUGAACUGCAAUGUUUAGUAUUUUUAUAAACAUGGUGCUUGAUGCCUCAGCUUGAAUACAGAUAUUUCAAGUUUCUUCUUGGCUUGUAAAUUCUAAUAUCUACAUACAUCUAAAUGUAACAUAUAAACAAAUUUAAAUUAGUAUUUUUUUCCGGUCCGACUCUUUAAUAAUUUUUUUCUCUGAGAUUAUUUCCCAAACCCUAAUUUCGCGAAUAUUCAACAGUUGUAUGUAGUUUGGCUAAAUUCCAGUUAGCUUUACAGUUGAAACUAGUUUGUAUUAAACUAGUUGUAAUAACUAACUAUUCUAGAUGUGCUACUUUCUACUCAUGUACAGUGUACACCAUCUACAAACUAGUUGAAUGUGUUUUCUCUUAACCAUGUUUUCGCAUUGUACAUAUCUUGCUUACUGAAUAAAUAAAUGAAACUAA